AUGCUGCUGCAGAGGCUUGACUCGGCAAGGCAGAUGGACCGCGCCCAGGCGGUGGUGACUGGUCCAGUGUCUGAGGUCUACCCGGUCUUUACUUGUUUGGGUGAGAGUCGGGUCAAGGAAGUCGGUGAUGGUGAAGCCAACCUCUCACGUGCUCCCCGGAUGCUGCCCUGCUGGGGCACCGUAGCAGCGACCUGCACGGCGCAGGCCUCCACCGCCGUUGACUCCCCGACUCGCCGAGAUGGAGCCCACACCACGGCCGAUGCUCUCCUGCUCAACGCCGACGGAGACUGA